UCUCAAGGCCAAACAAUCCGGCAUGUCAUCAUCGAUCUUGCACCUCCACCAACAGGAGGGCUGACACCAUUCAACACUUAUGUGGCGUUAUCGCGAAGCUCUGGCCGUGACACGAUCCGACUUUUGCAAGCAUUCAAUGAGAGGCUCUUCAGACAACCAGCAAGUCCAAUCUUGGAGGUAGAAGAUGAAAUAUUGGGGAAGGAGACGCGCACCAGAUGGGAGAGGACUCAGAUGGCAGAGUGGCAGAGUGGCAGAGUGGACAACGGAUCGAAACCACAUAAUCACGACCUUGUGACGAAUAAACGAAUAAACGAAUAA